AUGUCGGCCUCUCCAUCCAACUUGCAGUCGACCAAGCCGCUGGACAAAGUAGUCAGGAAUGAUCCCGAGGCUGAAGCGAAUGUGUCGAGCAACGAGAUUCCGUCUGUGGAUGGCUCGAAGGACAUCCAGGGAGACACUGUUGUCCCUGAUGCCCCCAACGGCAAGGGCCAUACCGAGACCCAGCCCAUCCAGUCGACCGCUUCCCACGGGGAACGGGCCGGCUCCCAGUCUGAUCAACAUGCGCCACAGGAUGAAUCGAGCUGGGUCCACAUCCGUGCAGUGAUUUCCAGCCCGGAGGCUGCCACCGUCAUUGGAAAGGGAGGUGAGAAUGUGUCCCAGAUUCGCCGGUCGUCGGGUGCCAAGUGCACUGUCAGCGACUACUCGCGGGGUGCUGUCGAGCGUAUCUUGACCGUCAGCGGCCCCCAGGACGCUGUUGCCAAGGCAUUCGGUCUGAUCAUCCGUACCCUGAACAAUGAACCCAUCGAUGCCCCUUCCACUUCCCAGUCCAAGACGUACCCUCUGCGUUUGCUAAUCCCGCACAUUCUCAUCGGCUCCAUCAUUGGGAAGGGUGGUAGCCGCAUUCGUGAGAUCCAAGAAGCAUCCGGCGCACGGCUCAACGCCUCGGACGCCUGCCUGCCGCUGUCCACGGAGCGCUCGCUUGUCAUCCUGGGCGUUGCUGAUGCGGUGCACAUUGCGGCCUACUAUGUCGCCGUCACCCUUGUUGAGCAGCUGACUGAACGCUUUGGCGGCCCCGCGGCGUCGGCGUACGCGACUCGCAGCGGUGGCCCUGCCGGCGCCGUUCCUGGUGGCAUGCAGGUUGUUCCCUACGUUCCCCAGCCGGCUGGUGGUCAGUACGGUCACCCCGACACGUUCAAGCGCCACCACCCCCACCCCAACCGCGCCGGCGGCGGUGCGUAUGGCGUCCCCUACCUGCACGGUCAGCCCGCGCCCACCCCAGUCGGCCAGCCGGCUUUGUCUUACGGUGCUGCACCUACCCCCUAUGCCGGCGCCGGUCCUCACCAGCCAGCUCCCUAUGUGGGCGGACCGCAACCGACCCCCGGCCGCGGUGCCCCUGCGGCUCCUGCCCCCGUGGGUGGCGCUAUGCCAGGCCAGCCACUGACCCAGCAGAUCUACAUCCCCAACGACAUGGUUGGCGCCAUAAUUGGCAAGGGCGGAGCCAAGAUCAACGAGAUUCGACAUCUGAGUGGCAGUGUCAUCAAGAUCAACGAGCCACAAGAGAGCAGCAACGAGCGUCUGGUGACGAUUACGGGCACUCAAGAAUGUAACCAGAUGGCUUUGUACAUGCUCUACUCGCGACUUGGUUCGUACUUUUCUUUCUGUCCGAUAUUUUUCGACGAAGUGACAUUGCUAACCCGAUUUUCUUUCGUUCACACAGAAAGCGAGAAGCACCGCAUCUAA